AUGCUACAGCCACGGCUAUGGCAACAGCAGCCCUGGAGGCAAGCUCAAUGCCUGUUCCGCGCCUCAACCAACGCCUUCGCCCGCCGCACAUAUGCCACCGCUACAGAGACUCCGCGAGUAGCGACGACAACCCGUGAGACGACGACCGAUGCCGUUGCCUUCAACCCUCCUACCGCCGCCCCAAGCCGAAGACGUGGUGGCUUCGAACUCAGAACAUACAAGCCUCGCACACCCGGUGUCCGACAUUUGCGCCGCCCUGUCAACGAUCAUCUGUGGAAGGGAAAGCCUCUGGCCAAGCUCACAUUCGCCAAAGUCGGUCACGGAAAGGGAGGUCGUAAUUGCACAGGUCGCGUGACUGUGCGACACCGUGGUGGUGGUCACAGAAGACGUAUCCGUACCGUCGACUUCAAGCGUAUGGAGCCUGGAAAGCACACUGUUGAGCGCAUCGAGUACGACCCCAACCGCAGCACUCACUUGGCCCUUCUCACAAGGCAGAAGACUGGAGAGAAGAGUUACAUUCUUGCUGCCGAUGGUAUGCGCGCUGGAGACGUCAUCGAGAGUUACCGUGCUGGAAUUCCUGGCGAACUUUUGAAGAGCAUGGGUGGUGUGAUGGAUCCCGGUAUGCUUGCCGCGAAGACCGCUUUUCGUGGCAACUGUCUGCCCGUACGCAUGAUUCCUCUCGGAACUCAGGUCUACGCUGUUGGCUCUACCACAGGCAAGGGAGCCGUCUUCUGUCGCAGCGCCGGUACUUUUGCUACUGUCGUCUCAAAAGAGGAGGUUGGCAAGAAGGUCAAGGAGGUCGUAGUCCGCCUGCAGAGUGGUGAAGUCAGAAGAGUUAGCCCCGAUGCUUGCGCCACCAUUGGUGUUGCUAGCAACCCUCAUCACCACUUCAGGACGCUCGGUAAGGCCGGUCGUAGCAGAUGGCUCAACAUCCGUCCUACCGUUCGUGGUCUGGCUAUGAACGCUGCCGACCAUCCUCACGGUGGUGGUAGAGGUAAAUCAAAGGGUAACGUCCACCCCGUCUCUAUCUGGGGCACUCCAGCCAAGGGUGGUUACAAGACUCGUGCAAAGCGCAACCCCAACAAGCACGUUGUGCAAGAGCGCGAGCGCAACCAAGGCAAGAGAAGGACAAGCAAGAACUAA